AUGGCGGGCCUGGCGCGGGCCCUGCGGCGGGCGGCGGCUCCCGGGCGGCUCCCCCCGGCCCGCGGAGGGGGCGGCGGGGCCGAGCCGCGGCCAUGGGGCUGGGGGCUGGCGCUGGGGCUGGCGCUGGGGGUUCGGGCGGCCCCGGCGGGAGGCGAGCCGGAGAACGGGCGGGAGGAGAAGCCGCCGUCGCCGCGGGGCUUCGGCGCGGCCGUGGAGAGGAGCAGGGACCUGGUGCGGAGGAUCAAGGAUGAAGCAGGAAUCCCUGGUAUAUUAGUUGGAGUUUCUGUAGAUGGCAAGGAAGUCUGGUCAGAAGGUUUGGGCUAUGCUGACGUGGAGAACCGUGUGCUGUGCAAGCCUGAGACCGUCAUGCGCAUCGCCAGCAUCAGCAAGUGUCUCACCAUGAUGGCUGUUGCUAAACUGUGGGAAGAGGGGAAGCUGGAUUUAGAUGCUCCAGUGCAGAAAUAUGUACCUGAAUUUCCAGAAAAGGUCUACGAGGGUGAAAAGGUCACCAUUACCACAAGACAGUUGGUUUCACACUUGAGUGGGAUCCGUCACUAUGAAAAAGAUAUUACAAAAGUAAAAGAAGAAAAGGAAAAGGCAAACAGAGCACUUAAGCUAACAAAAUCCCAUCAGGAUAAAGAACAAAAAGCAAAAGAAGGUAAAGGGACUGAAAACACUGAUUGUGUCAAACAGAAGAAAGAACAUGAUAGUGAGACAAAGAGCAGGAAUUCAAAGCCUGGCAGGAACGACAAGGAGUUUGAACAGGAAGAGUAUUAUCUGAAGGAAAAAUUUGAAAGUGUGAUUGAGUCACUGAAGAUAUUUAAAAAUGAUCCCUUAUUCUUUAAACCAGGUAGUCAGUUCUUGUACUCAACAUAUGGCUUUACUCUCUUAAGUGCUGUUGUGGAGAGAGCUUCAGGACAGAAAUUUACAGAUUAUAUGCUGAAAAUGUUUCGUGACUUGGAUAUGCUGUCAACUGUCCUAGAUGACAAUGAAGCAAUGAUAUACAACAGAGCAAGGUGUUACAUUUACAACAAAAAGGGACGGCUGGUAAAUGCACCAUAUGUGGACAACUCUUACAAGUGGGCUGGUGGUGGCUUCCUGUCAUCAGUAGGUGACCUCCUGAAAUUUGGAAAUGCCUUGCUGUACAGUUAUCAAGCUGGACAAUUUCAAAACAACAACAGCAAACUCCUCCCAGGGUACCUCAAGCCAAGCACAGUUGCCAUGAUGUGGACUCCAGUGCCAAAAACAGAAGUGUCGUGGGACAGGGACGGUAAAUACGCCAUGGCUUGGGCCGUGGUGGAGAAAAACCAACAGUGUGGCUGCUGCAGACAGCAGAGACACUAUGCAUCUCACACUGGGGGUGCUGUGGGGGCCAGCAGCGUCCUCCUCAUCCUGCCUGAAGAGCUGCACCCCGAGGCUGUGGGUGCCUGGCCAGUGGCACCCCCCAGAGGGGUCGUUGUCACCAUCAUCUGCAACAUGCAAUCGGUCUCACUCAACAGCACCGCCCUAAAGAUCGCCAGGGAGUUCGACAGAGAGAAACAGGCACAGAGUGAGGGCUGAGAGCUGUGGGACUGAACCCACUGUGCUGCAAAACAAAGGGUGGAAUUGGACCUCGAGUUCACUGAGAAUAUGGGAAGAAACAGCAUAAAUAAUUCACUUAAUUAACCUCUGCUAGUGGUGCUAAUCUUAUGUCCAACUGGAAUUCAUCUCUCAGGGAAGUUCCUAACUUACAGAAAAUGAGAAUGUAACAGUCAAAGAUAACUUUCUGUAGUACCUGUGUAAAUUAUCAUUAUAUUAGCAAGUUAUUUUUACCAACUAGUGAAACACUUGACCAAGAUAAAAAAAUAGCCUUUUUUUUUUACACUAAGUACAAAUUACCUACGUUGAAUGUUAAACUCUUGAAAAAUUUCACAUCUUGAUUUGACCACACAAAUAUGUUGCUUGUUAUUCUUACAGUUCCAGUCUGCCAAAACUAUUCAGUAUUACUUUUUAAAGAAAAAUUGUGUCACCAUUGCUUUUUGUUUUCACAUGCCACUUCCCUUACUUGCUUAAAAAACCAACGAAACCCAAACCUUGAAGCUACUACCUCCAGAAUGCAGAUUUAUACCAGAAGCAGGCUUUUAUCAGAGCUGUGGAUUAAGAACUAGAAAAGAAUGAAUCUAGAGCAAUGUAAGUAAAAUUCUUUUUGUUUUUUAGAUAUUAUCUCAUCCAUUUUUAUUGGACACAGAAUGUGUAGGAUUAGUUUACUGUGCAAUAAAAGUAUUAUUUCCAGAGUCAAGUCCACCCAAAUAGCACAAUGUGGCAAGCUGUCAAACUGUCCUGUUGUUUUUGAGUGCUAAACACUUGGUAGCCAGAAAUGGCACUGUGUUCUGUAGCCCAGAUACUCCCUUGUGAACAGGAAUUAGGAAUUAGGAACUCCAAGAAUGGGCUUGGAGCUGUAUUGAGCUAUUGAAGGCAGAAGUCUCACCAACAAACAUGGCCCUGGCAGCUGGGGCACAGCUCAAAGUGCUGCAUCCAGGGUGAGGACUCCAACACCCCCAUGGGCAGCUCCUUCCAAUGCCUGAUCCCCCUUUCUGUGAAGAAAUUCUGCCUGUUGUCCAAGCUGAACCUCACCUGGUGCAGCUUGAGGCCAUUCCUCUUGUCCUUUCACUUGUUCCCUGUGAGAAGAAGCCAACCCCAGCUCCAGCCUCCUGCCAGGGAGUGAUAAGGUCACCCCUUCUCUCCAGGCUCCUUCAGCUUCUUGUCAGACUUGUGCUCCAGACCCUUCCCCAGAGAAAGGAAAGAAAGGAAAGGAAAGGAAAAGGAAAAGGAAAGGAAAGAGUCCCCUGCCUUUCUCUGGACAUGCUCCAGCUCCUCAAUGCCCUUCUUGAUGUGAGGGGCCCAGAGCUGGAUGCAGGACUAGAGGUGGGAGAUUUUCUAAUCUUGUUUCACAAUGGGAAUAAAGUGGCAUCUGAAGUGUCCUUUAUUAUUUCACAAUGGCAUGGGAGAUCUCUGUCAUCUCAAAGAUUUACCCCACCUCACUUCCCCUGCAGCUACACUUGACAGCACUUCCAGGCUGACACAAAACAGAGGAGUAUCUUUAGGAAAGGUUUCAAUACUUCCUUUCCUGCACUGCUCUGCUGCUCUGAAUUUAAGGAGCAAGAUGUCUUGGUUAGCAGCCAGCAGAUGACAGCCCUCCCUGCCUUUUUCCCAAACUAACGUUUUUAAUGUUAUCCUCAUAGCUGUUACCUGCCCUGGGAUGAUACAGCAUGCUGCCAUCUCUGCUCCCACUAUGCCUGUGGUAAUAUUUAUUACCCAAGAACAAGAAACCAGGAAAUUUAGUAUUUUGAGGGGUCAGUGUUUUACCUAUAUUUUUAAUUAGAGCUAAUAAGACUAGUUUAGUAUAUUCUUCAUAAUUACAAUCAUUAUUGUACCUUAAAAAUGGUUUGCUUGGGGUUUCUGGCCCACUCACCAAAAUUUCACUUUUUUAUUCAUUAUUAAUGUAUUGUUUUUAUCUCAAGAGUAUCCAAUCAUUUCAUCUUCUAGCACCUGGAACAAAAUGGGUCCCUGACAGUCUCUGCUUUGGUAUUAAAUUAAUCAUGGGUUCUUAUAUUUUAGGGUAGAGAAGGCAGAGAUAUGAGAGACUAGGAAUCAAUGUGGCCUUAGCAUAUGUAUUCAGGUCACAAUUAAUAUUGCUACUUUGAUCUUUGUUCUAAAACCUGUAAUCUGAUGGGCUGCCAUUGUAUGUGGGAAACUUAACUAGACUAUAUCUGGUUAAUUAAAGCAGCUUUCCUGAUAAACUCACCUGUGAGUGAACCUUUGUUGUGAGUGGCACUGACAUGAACCCCAACUUUUCUUAGAAGGCACGUGCAUUCCAUGGGUACACCUGUUUCUGUAUCAAACACCUCCUUCUGCAUAUGGUAAUUACAUGUUUGCUGUUUGAAAUAACAGAAAUAAAACUUACCUUGCAAAUGCUA